AUGCGUUCACGCAAACAAGGACGGAAACAAGGACUAGAAUUUUGGAAAAUGUCUUUUGAACCUGAGACAACUGUAAAGAUAGUGACCUGUGACAUGCAUACAGCUGGUGAACCUUUGCGUAUUGUGGUGUCUGGAUUCCCCUCACUGGAAGGCUCUUCCUUGUUGGAGAAAAGAGAAUUUGCCCGUCUUCACAAAGACAGCUUCCGUCAGCUGUUAAUGAAUGAGCCUAGAGGUCAUAAAGACAUGUACGGUGCCCUUUUAAUGAAAAAUUCAGAGAAUGAAAUAGAGGUUCUAUUUAUUCAUAAUGAAGGUUAUAGUUCAAUGUGUGGGCAUGCAGUCUUGGCCCUUGGCCAGUACGUCAUCGAUGCUGGGUUGGUUCCACCUACCUCUCCUGAGACAGAAGUCAUUUUGAAUUGCCCCUGUGGUCCCGUUAAAACUUAUGUAGAGUACUCAAACAAUAAGUGUGGAAAGGUUCGAUUUCACAGUGUUCCUGCCUUUGUUUAUAAAAUUGGAGUGAAGAUACUGGUCCCAAGUUUAGGGCAGAUCGAAGUAGACAUUUCCUAUGGAGGAGCUUUCUAUGUUAUAGUAAAAGAUGAGACUAUUUCUGUUAAUUUAAAAACAUCGUCUCUUAACAAGAUGAUCGAGAUUGCAGCGUUGGUCACAGGUGCAGUCAAAGAACAAAUGCCGCCUAUUCACCCUGUGAGCAAAGAGUUGUCCUUCUUAUAUGGUACCAUUAUUACAGAUGGUAAAGAUAGUUACUUGGAUGGUGCUUCAACCAACUUGUGUGUUUUUGCUGAUAGGCAGGUAGAUCGCAGUCCCACCGGAUCAGGUGUCACUGCUCGCAUGGCUCUCCAGUGCCAGAAAGGGACCAUGAAACUCCAACAGGAGAAAGAAUUCCGAAGCAUCAUCGGCACCAGUUUCCGUGGGAAAAUCGUGGAAGAGGUGAAGUUUCACGGCUAUGACGCUGUAGUUGUGGAAGUCUCUGGAAAAGCAUACUACACUGGGUCUCACACUUUUUACUUAGAGCCAGACGAUCCUUUAGCUAAGGGCUUUCAACUCUCGUAAAGAUUUCUUCUUAAUUUUAAAACUAAAAAUUAACUACUGUGCCAACAGUUUAUUAUUUUUUUAUUUGAAGUUCAUUACUAGUGCCAAAUAUUACAAUUUUAAAAUUAUUUUCAUCAAAUUUGAUCAGUUUUUGCAAUUUUUUGCUUGUAACCCAUUUUUUUAUUAUUGUGUUCCUUUUUUUUUUCUUGAUCACGUUUUGAUGUUGGAGGUUUUUGGGA